AUGUAUCAAAAUUCAUUUCAAAGUGGGCCGUAUGUUGAACUUGCUAAUCCAAGUGAAAAAACUCCUCAAUGGAGUAUAAACAAGCCUAAAUGAAAAUUAUUUGAAAAAACAGUGAAAGGUUAUAUCAUUUCAUUGGAUUCUCACAAUGCGAAACUUCAACUACCAAGUAACGAUAAACAGUCAUUGGCAUUGAUUCAGCCUUAUUUGGUUUUGCAGGUAUAUUUAACCCCAGGCCAGCCUUUUACGUUGGAUCUUGCAAUUUCAGAUAUUUCAGGCACGAAACGAAGGCUUUUAUUUGGUUUAAACAAUUUUUAAAAAAAAAAGCUUUAAUGAGUCAAUAUACUCAAUUGCAAGUAAAAAUAAUUUACUAAAGAUAAUAAAAAUACUUUAUCCCUAGGAUAUUAUAAUUGCCCUUUAUUUUCAUCAGCAUCAAAAGAAAUAGUCUCAGCCCCUUUGCAUUCAAGAAUACCAAAUUGGCCUUUCUUAAGAGGUGCAUGGUCUUGCAUAUCGAUCGAUAUGUCUAGUUUUGUUACUGCUUGCUUUCCUGGCAACACUUUUAGGUCUUUAGAUUCAAUUACAGUUCAUUCUUUUUGCAAAAUCCGGAGAAUUUUUACAAUGAAAAAUCCAUUGUUCGAAUUAUCAGAAAAUUCAGCAAAAAAUCCUCAAAAUUGUGAAAAUGUUCCAAAGGUUUUGGAAUUUCCACCUGGGGUACAAUUUUCGAAUCAAAAUGUUGGGCCUGAGCUUGUAAUGACUCCUGAAUCAGAAAGAAGUGGUCUUUCUGUAAGGAGUAAAAAAGAAGAAAUUGUAUUUGAGGAUAGAAUUCCUGUAGCAACAGCCCCAAUUAGAAAUUUGCCAAAAUCAAGACAAAAAACUGUAUCACCUAGAAGAAAUUUUCAAUCAAAUACAACGAAUGAAUUUUUCAAUAAAAGCUUGUUAAAUAAAACUAAAACAAUUGAUAAAACUCCACAACAAGCUGUCAAAAGAAAAGGCUCAGCAGGAAUUCCAAUAAAAAAAGUUUCCCAUAAGCCAAAAAACCAUUCAAUAUCUAACGAAGAAAACCAAAACAUAGCCUUAAAUACAGAAAAUAGUCCAAAGCAAAAAAGGUUUAGAGGUUUCAGUGAUGAUCACGAAGUCCAUUCAAAAUUUUCCAAUGAAAAUCGUUAUGAAGAUCUCAAUGAAUCAGAAAUAAAAGAAUCAAUUGUUAUUGAAAAAUCAAGCAAAAACUUGUCAAACUGCAGCUCCUUUGUAAACCAAUCAAUCCAAGAAGAAAUUGAAAUUGAUAGGCAAUCCCCUCAAAAUAAUCCUCAUGAUCUUAUUGAGCAUAACUUUUUCCCUGCCCCAGCUCAAAUUACAAAAAAUUCGACCUCUCCUGUGCCUCUUCCUAUAGCCCCUGAAAUGUUUUAGAUCAUUUAUUGGCCAUCCAUUUUAAUUUCCAAAAUUCAUUUUUACUUGUCAGUUAUUUUGAAAGGAAAAACAAAAAUGACAAAUCUCCGUUUAUGGUUUUGAGGUACCUAAUUAGACUUACACUAUUUAAGGCAGGUGUGCCCUGCACCAUAUUUUAUUUGGUAGGUAUUCUGUUGAGUUAUAGAGAUCUAUUAAGGUGCAUGAGCUAUAACUUUUAUGAUAAAAAUCUAUCAGAAAUGACGAAAUUUCGGCCUUUUACUCCUCCUUUUUCUGGGCUAGCUUCAAUGCAAAAUCUUCGAAUUCCGAAAAAUUCUCAAGAAAACCAAUUGAUUUAUGAUUCAAUUUUAAAUUGUUAUUAUGAUCCUUCAUCACAAGAAUAUUAUAAAAUAAAAUAA